AUGGAGGUGAAAAAUUACAAUGGAUGGAGAUUCUGUCCCAGAUGCAAGAAUCUACUCAAACCAUUUCACGAUGGGGCAGAUACUGAGAUAUUACAAUUCAAAUGUAGAAAUCAGGAUUGUGGUGACAAUGGAAUCAUUGAAGUCAAAAUUGAUAAGACAUUAAAUAAAGAUGCUCUUUUGCUUAAAAAGGAUUAUCAAGCAGCUAAAGCAAUUGAUAUCACUGAUAAUACUCUUAUUCUUGAUCCAUCAAUGCCAAGAAAAAGGGUAAUUUGCAACAAAUGCAAUUAUGAUGAGGCAAUCUAUUUUCUCAAAACAGAUAAGAAUGAGAAGGAAAUAAUUAUUCAAUACAUUUGUGCCAAUAAAACUCCAAUCUGUGGAAAUAAGUGGACUUAAAAAGAAAUGAAUGAACCCAAAUUAACUUUAUAAUGA